UCGAACGCGUGCAGUUCGGUUCGAUUCGAUUAUAUAGAUACAUAUAGAUAUCUCGCACCAUUCUUUUUCGAUCCGUUCCGUUUUGCCGAGUUUCCCCCGACCAACGAAAUAUAUUCACCCACCAAAGCCGGUUCGGGAUGCAAUGGUUCUGCUGAUGCCAAGGAUGCAGCUGAUGCAGGCUGGCUUUUGUAUCUUUGGGAUACAAAUUAAGUUGAUUUGUUGCGCUCGCGUUCUCUUGGGUAAUUGAACCCAAGUUGGGUUCCUUGUGCCGCGGUCUUCGCCGAGCAUUUCAUUGCAUUUUGUGUAUCUAGAUACCUUUGUCGGUAUCCCCGUCGCUUGUCAAUCUGGUCGCUGAUAAAAAAGCAAACGCAACCACGAAACAUAAACCCAACGUCAACAGAAAAAUACAAGUAACAAACAGCAAGUGGCGUAUCUGUCCCCGUGUUCGGUUCGGUUUGGUUCGUUCGGUGAUAAAUGCAUUUCAUGCGUUCCAACUAUGUAAAUAGCAAUUUAAUUUGAGUGUCCACAGUAAACAUCAAAAAACCGCCCUGGACUCCAGUCAUCACAACCCCGGGUGAAUCCCCCCCCGCCAUAACAGACUCAGUAAAAAACCCCUGAAAAGGGCAGUCGUCGUCUGUGGCAUCCAAAUAUUGAAUAUUUACAAAUGCGUUGAGUGCAUUUUCGAGUGGCCGGCACUUACAGUGACUCUCCGUUGGAUGUGCGAGUGUAUUCAUCGGAUUGCCAGUACCAUAAAACUCCGAUUCUGAUCCGAUACGACGCGAGUGCUCAAUAUUCUUGUGCCGCUAAUUGAGAGCAAAGGUGUUGAAGUGUUAAAAAUAUAUAUAAAUAUAUAUAUAUGCAAAUGGCUGCCAGGAUGAUCUCAAUGUACUGUCUGGUCGUGGCUUUGAUGAUGGCUCUUGUUUUGGCCAGCUCAUCGCGUUUUCUGCGUCUGCCACAAAGUCAGUCCGUAGUGGAGAACGAAUCCGUGGACUUUGAAUGCGAAUCCACAGAUUCGUACAGCAAACUGCAAUACGACUGGUUGCAUAAUGGUCAUCGGAUUGCGUAUGACAAGCGUGUCUAUCAAAUCGGCUCCAAUUUGCAUAUCGAGGCGGUGCAGCGAACAGAGGAUGUUGGCAACUAUGUUUGCAUCGCGACAAAUUUGGCCAGCGGCGCCAGGGAGGCGUCUCCGCCCGCCAAAUUGAGCGUGAUAUAUCUCGAAUCGGCCAGUGUGCAGCUGCUGGGAAGCAAUCGAAAUGAGCUGCUGCUUAAGUGCCACGUGGAGGGCGCCUCCGGGGAUGUGGAACCACUGGAAAUCGAAUGGUAUCGCAACAGCGAGAAGUUGAGCACCUGGAAGAAUGUCCAGCUGGAUCAGCAUCGUCUGAUAAUCCGACAGCCAGGAACCUCUGACGACGGUCUAUACCGCUGUACCGCCUCCAAUGCCGCGGGUCGGGUGAUGAGCAAACAGGGAUACGUCUAUCAGUCGAAUGUGAAAUGCCUGCCCAGAUUUCCGAGGCGGAAGAACCAAAAGAUGAUGGAUUCAUGGGAUAAGCAGACAUUCCUGUGUCGCGGCAAGCGAGGAGGAUCCGGUGGCUUGGAGGCUUUGCCUGCAGCUCCAGAAAAUCUGCGCAUUGUUCAGGGACCUAUUGGCCAAGUGGUCAUCAAGGAGGGUGAACCUACAGCUUUGACCUGCCUCUAUGAACUCCCUAUCGAGCUACAGAACCAACGAAUCCAACUCCGCUGGCGCAAGGAUGGCAAACUUCUGCGUCAAGUGGAACUUGGAGGUUCGGUGCCCAUACCAGGGCACUCUUCUGAUUCCGGCAAGGAUGCUCUGCUUAGGGAAGAUGGUCGACUAGUGAUUCACAAACAGAAUGGUACACUGAGCUUUGCCAGCAUUAUUGCCAGCGAUGCGGGUCAGUACCAAUGUCAGUUGCAACUGGAGGGUCAUGCCCCGGUUAACUCAGCUCCCGGCAUCCUGGAAGUCAUCGAACAGCUGAAAUUUGUGCCACAGCCAACGUCCAAGAAUCUGGAGCUGGAUGCAGUCAUUGCCAAGGUGCAUUGUAAGGCACAGGGAACACCAACGCCUCAGGUGCAAUGGAUGAGGGAUGGUGCAAAUACCUCGCUGCCCGACCAGGUAGAAGUAGAUGCCAAUGGAACCCUCAUAUUCAGAAACGUUAACUCGGAACAUCGUGGAAACUACACCUGUCUGGCCAGUAACACCCAAGGACAGAUUAACGCCACUGUGGCUAUAAAUGUGGUGGUCACUCCCAAGUUCAGUGUGCCUCCAGUGGGACCCAUUGAGACCACAGAACAGGGCACUGUGGUGAUGCAUUGCCAGGCGAUUGGAGAUCCUAAGCCAACGAUUCAGUGGGACAAGGAUCUAAAGUAUCUGAGUGAGAACAAUACGGAUCGGGAGAGAUUUAGGUUCCUGGAGAAUGGUACUCUGGAGAUAAGAAAUGUCCAAGUGGAGGAUGAGGGUAGCUAUGGUUGCACGAUUGGAAACAGCGCGGGACUGAAGCGAGAAGAUGUCCAGUUGGUGGUGAAGACGACUGGCGAUGGUUUUGCUCCAGAGGAAUCUGGAGGUGAUGGCUUCCUGGUCACUCGAGCUGUACUGAUCACCAUGACGGUAGCCUUGGCUUAUAUAGUUCUAGUGGUGGGGCUAAUGUUGUGGUGUCGCUAUCGUCGUCAAGCCAGGAAAGCCCGCUUGAACGAGCUGAGCACCAAGGAAGCUGGCGGAGAUCAGCCGGAUGCAGCUGGUAAUGGCAAGGGUUCUGAACAGGAACCCUGCUUGUCCAAGCAGCAUAAUGGUCACAGCAAAUCAAGGUCCAAGUCCAGUGGAGAUGCCCAAAAGUCCGAUGACACCGCCUGCAGCCAGCAGUCAAGGGCCUCCAAAAAAUCCGCACACAUUUACGAGCAAUUAGCUUUACCAAGAUCCGGACUCAGUGAACUCAUCCAAAUUGGACGUGGCGAGUUUGGGGAUGUGUUUGUGGGUAAACUGAAGGCCACCCUGGUGACCUCACCCUCUGACAAAGAUACGGACACGGAAAAACAGCACAGUAAUAGCGAAAAUGGAAGUGGAGGCAGCGGCAGUGGUAGCACCACACUGAGUACUCUCAACGAGAAACGGCGCUCCAAGACCUCUAUGGAUGACAUCGAGGAAAUCAAGGAGGAAGAGCAGGAGCAGCAGGAUCAAACUGGUCUGGAGCAGUUAGUAUUGGUAAAAGCCCUGAACAAAGUUAAGGAUGAGCAAGCCUGCCAGGAAUUCCGGCGACAACUUGAUCUAUUGCGCGGCAUUUCGCACAAAGGAGUAGUACGUCUAUUUGGCCUGUGUCGUGAAAAGGAUCCGCACUACAUGGUAAUCGAGUACACUGAUUGGGGUGAUCUCAAACAGUUCCUGCUGGCUACCGCCGGAAAAGUAAACACUGCCACCGCAGGAAGCUCCUCGCCGCCGCCACUGACCACCAGUCAAGUUCUGGCUGUGGCCUAUCAAAUCGCCCGAGGAAUGGACGCCAUCUACAGAGCUCGGUUCACCCAUAGAGAUCUUGCCACUCGUAACUGCGUGAUUUCUAGUGAGUUUAUAGUGAAGGUCUCCUAUCCAGCUCUCUGCAAGGACAAGUACAGCCGCGAGUACCACAAACACCGCAAUACGCUGCUUCCGAUUCGCUGGUUGGCACCCGAGUGCAUCCAGGAGGACGAAUACACCACCAAGAGCGACAUCUUUGCCUAUGGAGUAGUGGUGUGGGAGCUCUUUAACCAGGCCACGAAGCUUCCCCACGAGGAGUUGACCAACGAGCAGGUGGUGCAACGGUCGCAGGCAGGAUCCUUGGAGUGGUCGGUGGCUGAGGCGACUCCCGAUAGCCUCCGGGAGAUUCUGCUGUCCUGUUGGGUGUCCAAUCCCAAGGAGCGACCCUCGUUCAGCCAACUGGGAGCUGCUCUGAGCAAGGCCAUGCAGAGUGCCGAGAAGUGAGGCCAGACUGAUGGAGCAAAUGCCAAAAAGUAAUUCGUAGUAUUGUCUGUAGUGUCUGGCCGAGUAAUUUGUCCGCUCAGAAACCUAGUCUUAAGUUCGAAGGAUGUCUGCGCCUGUUCAACAUGCGUACUUAAUGGCUACAUUUUAACAGUAACUGUACAAAUACACGAUAUAUAUACACACUAUAUAUAUAUAUUUGAAUGGGGAUAUCUUUGAGAAUAGUAUUGCGUGGUGCUGCAUAUAUAUACAGUAUAUACUCCUAUGUAUGCAGCUAAAAUGUACAUAAAAACUGCCACAAAUAUGCAUUUAAACCAGUUGAAGCAUUUCUAGGAUUAGAAACAUUUUUAACCUUCAUCAGCAUUUUAUGUAAUCCACUUCUAAGCUAAAUUAGUUCUUAAAUUAUAAGCAUAUGCAUCACACAAAAACAACGAGCGAUUUCAAUGUUUCUUAAACAUUGCAAGACUAAGCCAAAUUUUAAGUUUAGCAUUGAGUAAAAUAAACAACACACACCCACAUAUUUUAUCACAAAGCCUAGUUAUAUACUUAUAUGCAUAAGGAGAACCAGCCGAAACAAAUUUAUGACUAGCCAUUUAAGCUUUGAUGCAUGUUUACAAAACAUUUAAAUAAACCCGAAUAAAUAAAUUUAACCAAAA